AAAUGGAAUCCAGUUAUUUCCCCAUGACUAACUAAGUACAGAACUGAAAAGAAUAAUUGAACUGACAUACAAUAUAGCAUGGUUAUAUGAAGCGGACCAGAAAUGUGUGUACUCUAGUUGAAGACAAUAUAAGCCUUUCAAGACCGCUGAAGCGGCCAUCCAGUGCUGGACAAAGUUCCCCCCAUUUAAAGAUGCUUUUGGAUUGUUUGUAAUCCCCCUCUGAUGUCACGGUGGCUGAGGAGGGGGGGUAGGGGAGGGAGGCAGCUCGCUCACAGCACAACACAGACCGACUGCUGCCCAGCCUAGCCGGGUAGAGUGAGAGAGGUGUGGAACGAAAGAUGGUGGAAUUGCAGGGAAUGGAACGGACCGCAAGCUUGCAGAAACAUCGAUAUUGAAGAACCUGAGGAGCCAGUGACCUACACUGACACAAGCCACAAGGCCACUGAGAUCCACGGAACCAUAGGGUCCAACCCCAACUCAGGCCCCCUGACCUCUGCUCUGAGAAGCCACCUCACCACCCUCCACACCUAUAGAUGGUUAUAGAAGCAUAAAUCAGUAGAACACGCCUGACUCUAAUCCACCAGUCAUACAGUCAUCAAAAAGAGAGCUGGCCCAAGCAAGCAAAGGCAGCAGCGCAGUCAUCAACUACUUGCACCAUUUCUUCACCAACUAUGGAGUUGGGAAAACACGUGUGGACCAGAAUUGUGAUAUUUGCAGUGGCGAAGACAAGAACAAGUUUGUGCUCUGGUAUUAUGCCUGGUGGACCAUGCACAAGCUCCACCACAAUCUGGACCUGAUCACAAGCAACACCAAGUUUGCCCCUGACUGGUGCUUCGGCCUCUUCAAGCAAAGCUUCAGAAAGACGAGACUGAAAACUUUGUCUGAGAUUGCUGGUGUUGGACUGGACGAUGGACUGGACGAUGACAUCCCACAGCUGAUUGGACUGGACGAUGGUACGGUGCUGGUGGAAAGCUAUGGCUGGCAACAACGUGGCUGGUACUUCAGGCUGCUGCCACAGAUCAAGCAGUACCAGAACUUCAGAAGCUCUUCCACGGAGCUGCGUUUCUCCCAGACAGCAGGCGAUGCAUUCCGCCUAGACUCUCCCCCUCGUUCCCCAACCAAACCGAGGCAGCCAUGAACCCCGAAGAGGUGGAGCAUGGCCAGGAGCUGAUUGAACACGCAGAAGCCGACCUGCCCCCUCCUCAACGCCGUCGCCACGACAACCACAUUGCCACCAACAACGGUCGACCCCGGCAGCCUAGCAACCACAGUAGUGAAAACAACAACCACCCUGCUCCCCGCUACAGGAGAUAUAAUGAGGCUCCUGGCGCAGGUGGCAGCAGGGUCAGAGGGGCCCCACAACGCAGGUCAACAGAGGAGCCAGAGGCGGAACUUCACCUGGGGGCCCAGUCCCCUCCCCAACCCCAGCAGCAGGCCCAGGGUCAGUCACAGCCCAUCUUGCGUCCUGCAGUGACACGUUACCGCAGACAGGGUGACAGCGAGGCCAGGCUCAGAGCACAGCAGCAGAGACACAUACAGAGACAGCAGAGAGAGGCUGAGAGGGUACACCAACAACAACAACAACCUCUGCCAGCCCCACAGCCUGUUCACUCUCUACCCCCAGAACGAGAAGAGCCAGAGGAGGAUGAGGAGGAGAGAGGGAGGUAUAGAGAGAGGGAGACAGAGGGGGAUAACUCUGCGUUAGGCCGUUCGGCCAGCACGGAGAGUGCUUUCCACACACACACAGACCGGGCGGAGGGCGACUGCGUCAUGGCCCUAGAUCUUGAGGCAGAGGACGAGGGCGGUACUUACGAGGUGAUGCUUUGCCCAGAGGCGGAGGGAUACACAGAGAGCGCUGAGUCAGAGCAGCACCAUCCCCACCAUCAGCCCAACCUGAACCUCAACUACCCCCCUCAGCCCCCUCCCUUACCCCGGGAACCCCUACCAGACGUUGGGAGACCCCACAGUCAGGAGGAGGCAGAGGAAACCCUGAACCCUGGUGGUGGUUACUCUAACUACGUUUACACCCAACCUCUCAACCUCCAUGGGGGAGGUGCCAGGGUGCCGGGGCGGGACAGCAGCGUCGAGGAAGGGAUGGAACCUAAAGACGAGGCAUAUUCUGGAGCCUACCACUACUCCCUGACAGAACAUGUGUAUGAGGAGAUCAGCGACGCCCCCUCUGCUGCUGCUGCUGAGGGGGCGACUCCUAUAAAUGCCAACGAGAACCUCCAGCAGAGAAAGGCGGCGUUCCGUCUGUUUGAGGGGGGGGACGGGGGCGGGGACUACUGGCAGCAGGAGGCAGUGGGGUCGAGGCUGCACCACUACGACGAGCGCUCGGACGGCGAGUCAGACAGCCCUGAGAAGGAGGCAGAGUUUGCUCCGUACCCGCGGGCAGACAGCUGUGACCAGGACGGUGAAGAGGACAUCAACAUGAUCGUAACGGAAGUCAGAGAGAGUUCCAGCUCUCAGAGUCUGGAAAGAGCUGCUGCUGGGUUGGGGGAGGGAGGAGACAAAGAAGACAUGAUGAAAGGAGGAGAGGAAGAGGGAGACUCUUACAACUCCCAAUCCGACGCCCCCACAGACUCCAAACAUCCCAAGGGAGAGAUGGAAAGAGAGGGGGAUGAGAGAGAAGGAGAGGGCGUUCCAGCCCCAGCAGACAGUCCCUCUGAGGACGCGUCUGGGGUUCGUAACAGUCGUGAGAAAAGAGACGCCAUCACCCUGGCCAUAAAGGACAUCAAAGAGGCCAUAGAGGAGGUGAAGACCAGGACGGUGAGGUCACCCUACACCCCUGAUGAGCCUAAAGAACCCAUCUGGGUGAUGAGACAGGACCUGAGUCCCACCGCUGAGUGUUGUGACCUGCAACCCUCACUAGGGGGCGACUCUCCAGGUUCAGACUCUCAGGCCUCUCCUCAGGGGGCGGAGUCUUCAAUUCGGACACCCAUGCUUGAAGGGAGUGAAAGCUUCGAGUCUCCACUGCUUUCCACUAAAGAGUCCAGGAGAAGCCUGGCCUCCUUUCCUACCUAUGUAGAAGUCCCAGGUCCAUGUGACCCAGAGGACCUGAUCGAUGGGAUCAUCUUUGCUGCUAACUACCUGGGCUCCACCCAGUUGCUGUCUGACAAGACCCCCUCCAAGAACGUGCGCAUGAUGCAGGCCCAGGAGGCUGUCAGCCGCAUCAAGACGGCCCAGAAAUUAGCCAAAAACAAGAAGAAGGCUCCAGAAGGUGAGGCCCAGCCCAUGACGGAGGUGGACCUCUUCAUCUCCACCCAGAGGAUUAAAGUCCUCAACGCUGACUCACAGGAGACUAUGAUGGACCACCCUCUGAGGACCAUCUCCUACAUCGCUGACAUCGGCAACAUUGUGGUUCUGAUGGCAAGGCGCCGUAUGCCCCGCCCUGACUCCAUGGACAGCGUGGAGGCGUCAGACCCCGCCGAGGACGAGAAACAACGGCAGUACAAGAUGAUCUGCCACGUCUUUGAGUCCGAGGAUGCCCAGCUGAUUGCCCAGUCUAUAGGCCAGGCCUUCAGUGUGGCGUACCAGGAGUUCCUGCGGGCUAACGGCAUCAACCCAGAGGACCUGAGUCAGAAAGAGUACAGUGACCUGCUCAACACUCAGGACAUGUACAACGACGACCUCAUACACUUCUCCAAGUCUGAGAACUGCAAAGACAUUUACAUCGAGAAGCAGAAAGGUGAGAUUCUGGGCGUGGUCAUUGUGGAGAGUGGGUGGGGCUCCAUCCUGCCCACAGUCAUCAUCGCCAACAUGAUGCAUGCUGGUCCGUCGGAGAAGUCAGGCCGUCUUAAUAUCGGAGACCAGAUUAUGUCUAUCAACGGGACCAGUCUGGUGGGGCUACCCCUGUCCACCUGCCAGACCAUAAUUAAGGGUCUGAAGAACCAGUCUCGUAUCAAGCUGAACAUCGUCAGGUGUCCUCCUGUUACCACGGUGCUCAUCAGACGACCUGACCUCAGAUACCAGCUGGGCUUCAGCGUACAGAACGGCAUUAUCUGCAGCCUUAUGCGGGGGGGGAUCGCUGAGAGGGGAGGGGUCAGGGUCGGCCACCGCAUCAUCGAGAUCAAUGGCCAGAGCGUGGUGGCCACGCCCCACGAGAAGAUCGUCCACAUCCUGUCCAACGCUGUGGGAGAGAUCCACAUGAAGACGAUGCCAGCUGCCAUGUACCGCCUGCUAACUGCCCAGGAGCAACCUGUUUACAUCUAGUGAUGACCUCCCUCUCGUACCCGACAUCCGACCUCACCCCCUGAUGACCUCACUCCCUGACCCCCAGCAUCACUGCACCCUUUAUGUGUGAGCAACUCUUCCCCCUCCCUCAAGCCCCAGAUCACCAUUGGAGACUGAAACUUCUUAAUCAUAACGAAUGGACAUAUCACAUGCUCUGGAUGACUAUUUUAUCUGAUUGUUUUGCUGUGGAGAGUAGAGUUUGGCUGAAAAAGACAGCUUGUUCAAGCCCCUCCCAUACUGAGGGUUGCUUCCUGAGCUUCGCACUGACCUUCCCUUCUUUCCCAUGUUUCUUUCUCUCUCUCCCUCUCUCUGUUUCUCUCUCUCUAUCCCUCUCCCUCUCACUUUCUAUCGGUCUACCUCCCUUCUCUAUCCCUCUCCCUUUCUCUCACCGGCUGCACUCGUCAGAUGUAAUGUUGAAUAAUUCUGUGUUCUCCCACAACACAAACUUGCUGAUAAACAAGUGUUACUACUCUGAACAACAAGCCCCUAUCAUUCCUCGUCAUAACAUUCCAUGCCUUCCGUCUAACAUUAAUAAAUGUCCAAGCAGGGAGGACUUUUCCCGACUGUGGAAGUCCUCCAGGAAAACCAAACGUUCCCAUCCCAUUUUUGAAUUUUAAUGUUGUUUUUAAGGCUGAGAUUUGGGCUGAUAUAACAAGCAUUCCAAGUUUCUCCACGCCCAUCUGUUUUAAGUCAGGCCUCGUCAAGGGAAGGCUACACUACAUAGACCAAAUUAUUUAAAACCUUCCAAAGGAAUUCACAUUCCCUUCUGAAACAACAUGCAGUCCAGGAAAAGCAGUUCUACAAGGCUGGAAGACAGUAUUGUAAGACAGUGUUUAGACAGAAGCCAGCCCUGAAAUGGGAGCUUUUGAAAGUAAACAUGUAAUUCUACCUAUUGCCAGGACAACAAAAUAACACUGGUCUCAUUCUCACAUGGAAUUAGCAUUAAUAGCAAAACACUCUCCAUCCUCAUCUUUCCCUUCAGCAUCAUCUUGAACUGAAAACUAUGAUUAGGUGACAACAGAACUCACAACCACUAUUACGGAAGAUAAAAAAACAAAACACUUGCUAAUAUUUUUUCAAAAUCGGUUCGGCUAAUCACAUACUAUUUCCACUCUGGGAAGAGGGACUCUGCAUCAUCAAACCACCAUAUGUCUUAAGGGUUUACAGUCACUCAGAGACCAGAGCUUAAAGUAAAUGCCCAGUGUUUCUAGAUUUCUAUGAAAUAUGACCAAUAAUUACAAUAUGAGUGAAAUGGUUUUCGUUUAAAAAGAAAUGGUAAUUGGUAUGUUAAAAAGUAGCUUUUCUGUGUUGGAAUGGUGUGGGCGUACCCCAACAACAGAAUAGUGUGGCCGUAUACCUGUCAUUAAAAAUAUUGACGCAAGUAGACCGCUGAUUGACCAGCUCAGCCUCCUCAGGGUGAUACGUCUAUGAGAAAAUAGCAAGCAUUUUUGAAAAGGUUUGUUUGAGAUACAAGUUUGAGGUGGGGUUUUUGAAGUGUUUUUUUCCCCACAAUUUAUGUUUUGGUCACAUACAAGUCAACAACAUUAUUUGGAUAUGAGUUAACAGCAUAUGAACUUUAAAAGUGAAAUUUUAACUGGGAAGUUACUUUAAGCCAUACGUUACAUUUCACAUAUGUUGUAUCCCAAAUGGCACCCUAUUCCCUAUUGUGCACUACUUUUAAGCAGGGCCCAUAGGGCCUGGAUCAAAAGUAGUGCACUAUGUAGGGGAUAGGGUGCCAUUCGGGACGCCUCCACACAGGUUCUGUACUAUAGGCUCUGGUGGUGGAAUACAGUAGAAGCUAAAACUGUUCAGAUCCAUCUUAGGCUGAGGAGAGAUAGCAGAGGUCAACCAGAUGUGUAUAGAAUACCUCAGACUUUGGCACCAAACUGAAGUUCAGGAUUUAAUAAUUUUUUUGCGAUCAGGACAGUUGGAUUAGAUUGUAUUACAGUACAACCUUAAAAACAACCUGCAAUGAAAUGAUUUUAUAUUUUCAUUACCAAGGAUUUUUCAUUCCUCUGUCUUAUUUAAUAUUUAAAAAAAUGUCUUGAAUAUAAUCUGCAAUAUUUUUGCCAGACUAUACUGUAAUUCUGUUUAUAGGUCAUUAUAUUGCAUUGCAUUUGGAUCUCAAUCUUUAUACUUGAAGGAUGCUUAUCAUAGUACAUGAAAUGGGUAAUUAGUUUGUUAUUUAAAAAACAUGAUUUAUACUUUUAUUUUUAGAUUUUAUUUUGUUAUCUCGCAAAUGUGAUGAAAUGAAAGUACUGAAAUGAGUCAACAUAUCAUCUCCCUGGUGUACAAGAUUCGCAAGUCCUCAAAUGUAUCUCUGUUGCAUAAAGUGGAUAGAUGUUCCCCUCCUGUUUAUGUUGGGCCCUGCUGCCUUUCUAACUAGAAGUGAUUAAUGAGGCUCCAGUGUUUUGAGACUAGGAGCUCGAUUCAAUCCUUAUCGAUGAAUAGCAACUUGACAUUUAAAGGUAAUUUCUGAUUUAGCCAACAUAUGCAGCAUUUACCAUGAAUUCAGUCUCCACGAACGCAGGAAUAGUGCCUUUACAUUUCAAUCGCGCUAUAGCGCCGAACUUCGGCGAUACGGAUUGAAUCCAUCCCUAGUAACUAAAGCAAGAUGCAACGACUUACCACUGGUAAUGAACACGUCAACCACAAUGGAAGCAUUAUGUUGUAGUAGUAAAUUGAUGAGCAGAUGCUCUGAUUAUGGCCUUGCUCUAGGAGUGUCAGCUAAUGCAGAUGAUGGAUUGACAAUGGAAAGGAAUGACUAAUGUUGAUGUUAUGAUUCCUCCUCUAUAACCAUAUAUCCUCCCUUUCAUUGAUCUGUCUGGCCUGCCGUAUACAUUUCAAAACCUAUUUUCUUCACAAAGAGAAAUAAGACUCUUCUCACUCUCGCUCUACUCUGGGUCUGUAGCUUACUUAAGAAUCAGAUCUAGUUAUUUUAGAAUGUUUUAAAAUGUAAUUCAGAAAUGUCUAGAACUCUAGACAAUUAAAAAAAAUGAAUUCCAGGAAGCUUCCACCUUGUUUAACGUGAAUGAGCUUUGACCUUCUGCCCAGGCACCCUCUCCCUCACUUCCUGUCUCCUGUGUCACUUUCCGCUUGAGACACGCCCCCUCUGGAUUCGUGUUUACAAACCGUCAUGGGACAGUUUCCUGGUUGUGGCGUGGACACACAUUAUGACGUGUGUCAUAAUAACGCCUCUGUAGGCGGGACACAUUCUGUUGCGACACCUCCGCUACACUGACUUGUGGAGGGGACACAUUAUUAUGACGCUACACCUCUUGCGAGUUGCUGCUGGAGCACCCUGCCACCUGAGCUUGUGUGCCAAACUUUGACCCUUCCCCUCUGCCCUGCUCUCCCCUCUAAACCAUUGAUUGUUCCAAAUGUCUAUUCUAUCUCAUCCCUAAAUCAAAUGUUGGCCUUAUUUAUUACUGUACUUAAUGCAUUGAACUACUAAAUGAUACUGAAAAAGUAGUUCCUGUACGGUUGACCACAUGAUGUUCUAGCAUGGUUUAUCUAUGGAGUCACCGGUUGGUCGGUAAUAUGCUGUAUCAUUCCUGCUUCUAGUGUGUGUGGUGUGUAAUGACAACUUCAUUACUCCAUGUUCAACCAAAACCAGCUGGACUACAUAAUAUAUACAUAAAUAUAUAUAUAUAUAGGUAUAUAUACUUCUAAUGGUUAUUUGUGUGUUUGGAUUGACCAUAUAAGCAAGCUUCAAUGGAUAACAAGUAACGUGAAAAGAGAAUUCAGACUGAUGGCAAGGGCCCUUAAUGUGACUCGGAAAGAAGGGGUUUCAUAUGAACUAGAGAUGGAGUUGAUUUGUGUGAAAAGACAUAACUGUACAUAUUUGACGAGCGCACAAGGUCACAAACACAGGGGCGUAUUACUGUAGACCUCCCCUGCAAAAAAGUUGUACUUUGUAAAGAGAUGGUAGCAAACAUACACUUGAGUAGAUGGUGACUGAGAGGUGGGAUAACUAGUGUUUAUAAUGCACUGUUUUGAAUGUAAUUAAUCUUUAAAAAAAAAACACUUUCUGUAAAGCAAUGGCAAUGUUUAUUUAUUUGCUAGCUUUUCUGUGAUGUUACAGUUAUUGAUCUACAUUACCUUACCAGAACUGGAAUGUUUGUAACAGUAUUUACAACAAUAAACUACUUGCAAAAGGACA